GCGAGAAAUACUUGAAUAUAUAAUUAUCCUUGAGGAAAGGUCAACAUCUACUGGGACAUCAUACAUAGUACGUUCUUUAUUACGACAGCCAUACCAUGGGGAAGCCCAGACCUCACAAGAAGAAAGCUUCCAAAACCCGCGAAAAGUCCGUCUUGAGCGCCGGCGGCUCGAUCUCAAAACGGAAGAUGAACGAAGAUCCUAGGAAGCUUCUCGAGCAAGCGACAAUACUUCUCCAGACCGGACAAGCCGAUGCUGCGCUUUCGAUAGCCCAGCAGGCGCUCGAGAUUGCGACCUCCAAUUCCCCCGCGCAGCUUUCAAGUUUGAAUACGAUUGCGGAGAUCUACGUUGAGUUAGGCGAGAUUGACCUCGCAAGGAAACAUUUUCUACAGGCGGUCGAGCUUGAUCCAACUGGUUCUAUCCCUGAGUCUGAGGGAGGCGGCGCUGAAAAGUUCCUUUGGCUGGCUCAAUUGAGUGAGCUUGGUGGGAAGGACAGUGUUCAAUGGUUUGAGAAAGGGGUGGGGGCUCUGAGGGGCAUCUUUCGUAGGUCGCCCCUGUUUUUUAUUGCUUUCUCCCGAGCCUCUUAUCAAGCUGACAUUUUCAGAUGGGAGGAAGACGCGGAAUCUCGCUGUGAGAACCUGAUCACGGAAGCCCUCCUAGUUCAGCCCAGCUCUCCCGAAGUCCUCCAGACGCUGGCGUCUAUUCGAAUCUCGCAAUUAAGAGAGGAUGAUGCGCGGGCAGCACUUUCAAGGAGUCUUGAGCUGUGGAAAGAUUUGCCCCCAGAAGAUCCGCAUGUCCCUGACUUCCCAACAAGAAUCAGUCUUUCUCGUCUCCUAAUGGAGGUCUCCAUGUUGCUGGAGGCGCUAGAAGUACUCGAGCGCUUGAUUUUAGAAGACGACCAGAGUGUGGAGGCAUGGUAUCUAGGAGGCUGGUGUCUCCAGCUUUUGGCCGAAAUAGGCGAAGCUCCAAGAGACCCGGAAGCCGAGUCAAAUGAGACGCCGGAGUCUAAGAGGCAUGCAUCGCUUGUGGCCAGUAGAGAGUGGCUUAAACAGAGUUUGAUGCUGUAUGAUCUUGUUCAGUACGAGGAUGAAAGGUUGAAAGAACACGCUCUCGAGCUAGUGGAGGCUAUGAACAAGGAGCUGGGGGAAGAGAUGGAAGACGACAGCAAUGUCGAAGAUGGUGAGGGUGAAGGUGAAGAGGAGUGGGAGGGGAUUGAGUCCGACAGUGAUCAUGAGAUGGCCGACUCGUAAUUGUUAAUAGAACGAAUGUCCAUAAUGAUACCA